AGACCUGAAAAGACAGCUAUUACGAUCGCACAAAUUUUAGACUUCUGACUGGUGCGCUUAUAUUAUGACAUAUGUUAUACCUAGUUUGGAAUCUGUAGUGUUCAUAAAUGUGCGAUAUGCGGGCGCCAAGCGAGUGUUCGGCUAUAACUUUGCUAUUCCAGGACCAUGUAAGUUGUAACACGCUUUGAUAUCUUUUCCUCGGAGAGCCCUUUGCUGGCUUUCGGCCGUACCAAAAAUUCUGUGCACCGUCACAUUGCAUCCCGAGUCUUUGUAUAAUCACCCAUUUAAGCAGCAACGAGACACCGGAGCGAUAAGGACUCGCUUAAUCUGCUUAUCUCCAGAUUGAUCCUUUCGACUUGUCGACUCAUUGCAUCCUUUGCACACGACCGCCUACAAGUGCCGGUAUAUCUGAUUUCUAUUGAGAAGAUGGCUCAGAUCCCUCUUGAACAGUUCCCUGAGACCUUUGGGACAACGAUAGAGUUGUCUAGUGUUGCUUUGGGAGGCUCGAUAGUCGCCGUCUCCGACGAGUUCUUCGCCGAGGCAUUUCACCUACUUCUUGUUGAGCCUGCACCAAGUCUCAAAGGACAGUUUGGUCCCAAGGGUGCUCUCUAUAGCGGUUGGGAGACCCGUCGACACAACCCGACUUAUGACUGGUGCAUCAUUAAGCUCGGGACUUCCGGAACUGUUCAUGGGUUUGAUAUUGAUACAUCGCAUUUCAAUGGCAACGAAGCACCUCAAGUCUCCGUCCAGGCCGUUCAGGCCGUUGAUAGGGUCCCUAAUGAAGCAGAUUCAGAGUGGUUUGAAAUUCUGUCCAAAGUAAAUCUGGGACCUAAUUCGCGGCAUCUAUUCGCGAUCCCACCAACCACCGGCGUGAACUAUGUGAAGUUGAAUAUGUUCCCAGACGGCGGUAUCGCGCGAUUCAGAGUCUAUGGCCUUGUAACGCCCGUUUUUCCACAAGAACCUGAUAUAGUUUUCGAUUUGGCCCACGUCUUCUCCGGAGGCCGAGUAGUAUUGACGUCUGACCAGCAUUUCGGCGUUGGUUCAAAUCUUAUCCUCCCUGGUCGUGGGAAAGAUAUGGGUGACGGCUGGGAGACUAAACGCAGCCGCCAGCCGGGUCACAAGGACUGGGCAAUUCUGAAGCUUGGAGAUGCUGGGUUCCUAUCGCACGCUGAGAUCGAUACCGCCCAUUUUAUGGGCAAUUUCCCCAAUUCAUGCGACCUACAUGCAACAAAUGCCGAGAGCCUCGUACCUGCAGAUGUUCCCGAAGAGGGCUGGACUCUGAUUCUCCCUAGGACAAAGCUGGGUCCUCAUCGUCAACAUCAAUUCCAAUUGGAGAACGUGGAUAAGCCAUAUACACACGUCCGCGUCACGAUAUACCCUGAUGGAGGCAUCAAGCGGGUGAGGGUGUUUGGUCGUCGACAGCCAACAGAUACCUCCGAUAAAUCAGAGACUAUUUCGUCACAGGAACCCCACAUCGUCUCAACCGACACGCUAAUCUCUGAGCCUCAAAAGAGUACCAAAACAGCAGCGUCCGAUGAUGGCCCCAUCCUUCCCGCGUUGGCGCUGACGGCUGAAGGUUUCGCACCCUUCGGUCAGGUCAUACAGGGCUAUGCUGAUGUUAAUGCGGUUCCGAAACCACGUAAAACUCGCAUUACGGGAGCUAACCAAGGAACGGCUGUCAAAUUCCAUAAACUCGCACUACUGGAAUCGUCCUACCCUCCCGCUGCUAAUGCUACUUCUGGCAUUUCCGUUUACCGCUGCCAAUCUAUUACACUGGAUUCACGGGGUAAAUGGGCGGUCAAGGUGCUAGAGAGACAUCCUUUCACCAACCAGGCAUUCAUCCCUAUGGGUGACGGGGCAAAAACGAAUGAUUCCCUUGUCGAUGCUGGCGGGAGGUACCUCGUCGUCGUUGCCAAGAACGGCGAAGAUGACAAGCCGGAUUUGAAGACUCUGAGAGCAUUUGUGGCUUCCGCUAGUCAAGGCAUUGUGUACAACACUGGCAUCUGGCAUCAUCCGAUGGCAGUCUUGGAUGGGCCGAUGGACCUUGCUUGUGUUGAAACUCAGAUCGGUGACGAUAACUCUCUCGACUGCGAAAUUGUUAAUCUGGAGGGAGAAAAGAACCUACCUCUGGUCCGCUUUCUGGACUGAGAAUUGGUGGCGCUAGACGAACUUCAAAGUCAAUGGACGGGUGAUUGGCAGUUAGCUCUCGCAUGGACAUGGCGUGCUGCAGUCAACGCCCUGCAUUAGAUGUAUCUUCGGGAUAGAAAAUCAAAUCGAGCAUGGUUCAAAUAGUUAUCCAUAAAUCUGUGGCGAACGUGUAUCGGCAACCAACGCUACGUCUAGUAUACAUGUUGAUAUGAUUACAAGAGGAAGGCCGAUGAACUACGCCCAUCUGCAGCUAAUUACUUGGUGUUCGAGAUCGACAUACGGAUCUAUGUCCCUUCACCCAGUCACUAAGGAGACAUAUAAGCAGUAUAGGACGGACCAACACCCUUUGCAGACCUUCAAUUCAUGGCUUGGCUUCAUUGCAUGACACACGCAUUCGGCACUAUGACAAGC